AUUUUGCACCCAAUCUAUUCUUAAUGCAAAAAAGAAUUUUUAACGAUAUAUAUGAGAAAAGAGAUCGUUGGAGUAGUUACGAUCCCGCCAAUCAUCGCGAAAUUAUAGAAGAAUAUGAGAAGGUGGAAGAAGCUAAACAGCAAUUAAAAGCCGAAAAAUUAAAGAAUGACGAAGGAACAUAUUGUGGAAAAGUAUGGUGGUGAAGAACAUUUGCAAGCACCACCUAAAUCGCUACUGUUGGCCCAAACCGAAGAUUACAUAGAAUAUUCGCGUAGCGGUAAAGUCAUUAAAUGAAUGGAAAAACCAAAAGCUCAUAGUAUAUAUGAGGAGGAUAAUAUAUAAACUGGGAUUAUCUGGGAAAAAUGAAAAUCUCAUAUUAAUUCUUUCCAUGUAUUCAUACAAGUGCUUGAAAUAUAACAUGUUAACAUGAUUUCAUGCUUGUCGAUGAUUUCAUUUAUGUUUUUCAAAAUAAAACUAAUAUUUCGCCUGUAUGUCACAAUACGCUGUCAUAUAAGCAAACACUCAAUCAACCGACAAACUAGUCAUGUCUAUCCACAUUAAACUCGAAAAGUUUAGUUCACUCACCGCUAUAGAGCAGAGGCCUGAUGAUAUUGUGUACAUUUGUAUGUAUGUACAAAGAUACCAAUA